AUGGCUUAUUCUCAUUCUCCUGGCCCCACAGGAUUCUGGAUGUUUUCUAUGCACGUACCAUCCAAAAUGGAAGUCUGGCAGGAUGACAGCAUAAAUAGUCCACUGCAGAGCUUGAGAAUGUACCAGGAGAAGGUGCGGCAUCACACUGGGGAAAUCCAGGACCUCCGAGGUAACAUGACCCAGCUCAUCGCCAAGCUCCAGCUGAUGGAAGCCAUGUCAGACGAGGAAAAAAUUGCCCAGAAAAUAAUGAAGAUGAUACAAGGAGAUUUUAUUGAAAAGCCAGACUUUGCCCUAAAAUCUAUAGGGGCCUCCAUCGACUUUGAGCAAACGUCAGCCACGUACAACCACGACAAGGCUCGCUCCUACUGGAACUGGAUCCGGCUGUGGAACUAUGCACAGCCCCCGGACGUGAUCCUCGAGCCCAGCAUGACGCCUGGCAACUGCUGGGCCUUCUCCGGGGACCGAGGUCAGGUGACCAUCCGACUGGCCCAGAAGGUCUACCUGUCCAACCUGACACUGCAGCACAUCCCCAAGACCAUCUCACUGUCGGGCAGCCUGGACACUGCUCCCAAGGACUUCGUCAUUUACGGCAUGGAAGGCUCUCCCAGGGAGGAGGUGUUCCUGGGGGCAUUUCAGUUUCAGCCGGAAAACAUCAUUCAGAUGUUCCAGCUCCAGAACCAGCCUGUCCGAGCUUUUGGGGCUGUCAAGGUGAAGAUAUCGAGCAACUGGGGGAACCCACGCUUCACUUGCCUGUACCGAGUGCGUGUGCACGGCUCUGUGACCCCACCUAGAAUGCCUAGAGAGCAGUCGAACUAGAGCCCCUACCCCAAGAGAGAUUAA